AGAUACUUAAACCUUCAUUCAUGCUUUCUACGGUCUUGGGUUUAGUUCGCUCCCCCUUCCGUUUGCACUUUUUUUUCUCCGAAAGACUUGAUAUACCUUGCUCUCCGCUUCUUCGGUAGCCAGGGAAUGAUGGGGAACGGUCUUUUGCUUGGCAUUUUGCUCGUUUCGAGGAUUGGAUUUUAAUCAAUUCGCAUCGCUGACUGCUAAUUGAAUUUGUCUUGAUCAGAUUUCACAUGAAUGAGCAUGAUGUACCCCCUGCAUCUCCUCUGCCUGCUGCUCUGCAUGGCCUCCUCCUCACAGGCCUCUGAAACCCCGGAUGAACACAAUGUGGUUGGUGACCAGCCCGUCCCGGUGGUACUGGACCUCUACACAGAGACCCUCGCCCCGUCUGCCUUCAGGGGCCAUGGCGGGCCCCAAUUUGACCCCCAACACAGCCCGGAGCCGCUUCUAUGCGGCAUCGAGUGCCAAAGCGCCUUGCCUCCCUUGGACCAGGCCGAGCAAGAGAGGCUUCUGGGAUACGAGACGCUGCGCGACAACGGCACGCGCACAAGGACCCAGGUCUCUCUGCGCGGCUUCAGCCACACCGCCUCACGCCGGACGUCCCGCGAACCCGCGCCCAAACGCGGUAAACGGCAGGUCUUCGGCCCGGACGGGCGGUUCGUCAUCUCCGGCUCCCACUUCGUCACCAGCUACCCGUUCGCUUCGGCGGCGCGUCUCUCCACGGGCUGCUCCGGCGUCCUGGUCUCCCCCAGGCACGUGCUCACGGCGGCCCACUGCGUCCACGACAGCAGGGACUACCUGGAGGGGGUCCCCCGACUCCGGGUGGGGCUGCUCCAGCUGAAGACCAAGAGAGGAAGAGGAGGAGGAGGAGGAGGGAAAAGGAGAGGCGGAGGGAGGAGACCGGGGGCACGAGGAGGAGGACAGGCCGAGACGGUCCAGGAGGAGAACGGGGAGGAGGAGGAGGAGGAGGAAGAGGGCGAGGAGGACAACAGCGUGGACCCGGUGGUGCCCGACGGCGUCCGGGGGCAGGGCGGGAGAAGGAGGCUCUCCAGACGAAGGGGAAGGAGGGUGAGGGCCGGGGCACCGGCUGCAGGAAAGAGGCAAGCGAAGGAGGGAGUGGCCGGGACGGACGACGGAGGCUACAGCCGUCGGCGGCGCGUGCCCCGCAGCACAGCGCCGCCCAAGCGCCCGGUGUUCCGCUGGUCCAGGGUCAAGCAGACGCACGUUCCCGCCGGUUGGAUCCAGAACGACGACAACAACAACAACAACAACAACAACAACAACAACAACAAGAGCAAUAACCGAUCGGUGUCGGCCGACUACGACUACGCUCUACUGGAGCUGAAGAGGCCGGUGAAACAGACGCCCAUGUCUCUGGGCGUCGCCCCCAGCGACCAGCCCCUGACGCGGAUCCACUUCUCGGGCUACGACCUGGAGAGGGCACCCUCGGACGGGAGCGAGAGAGUGGUGUACCGCUUCUGCAGCGUGGCCCAGGAGUCGGACGACCUCAUCUACCAGCACUGCGACGCCCAGCAGGGGGCGUCGGGCGCCGGCGUGUACGUCCGCGGCCGGCAGGAAGUGGACGGCGGGAAGGGGAAGUGGCGGCGGCGGGUGAUCGGCGUGUUCUCGGGCCAUCGCUGGGUGGAGCUGGAGGGCAGCCGGCAGAAGGACUUCAACGUGGCGGUGAGAAUCACGCCGGCCAAGUACGCCCAGAUCUGCCACUGGAUCCACGGGGAUCCACGGCUCUGUGAGGCGGUUUGAGGUGUGGGGGGGACGGUCUGGCUCGAAUGGAGAACUUAGAACUAAACAUCUACUGACUUACUUUUGAAACAUCGACCGUGCAGUAUAUCCGUUGGUUGUAACAGAUGACUUAUAUUUAGACCAAAUUCGGUUACGAUCUAAUCCCUAGUCACCUCCUUAAAGGGGUGGUAUUAUGCCAGCAUGUGUGAGUGAGAUUAGCCAUUACAAGAUCUGCCUUUUCUGUUUUAGUGACAACACAAGUGGGUGUGUCCACCUAGAUGCAUGAUGGAUGGAGGCAUUAUAUCACCCCUUUAAAUCCUUGCAGACGGGGAUGUAUGAGACGUCAGUUGUCCUCUUAAAUCGUGGUUGACUCCCAUCAGUUUUGAAACCUUCCUAGAAAUCAAAUCAAGUUCACUUUAAAAAAAAAAAUAUAUUAUAUACCCUAUAACUCACGGUCCUUUGGUGCUCAUGGUGAAUCUUGAUGAAUAAAUAUCAGCAAGGUCAUCAUCGUUUUGCGCACAUUGUCAAUAUUGUAUUUGUUUGUAAUACAUUAUGUAUCAAUACAUAUGGCUGUCUUAGAAAUAAUAAUAGACAUUAUAAUUGUUGUUUAAGAAUGAUGAUGUCAGAUUGACACUGAUGUCCAUUCUAUUGUAGAGCUCCUUUGAUCGCACUAUCAGCAAUAACCAUGUAGAAGUAGCAAUAGCAUGAAUGGUAGCAUGAAUGGUAGCUUUGUGUACAUAACUAUACCAGGGUAGAUAAGUGAUGAGUCACGGAGGUUGGUUUGGAUCAGUGUAGUUUGUCUUUUAUUGCAUCACAUUUGGACUCACAUGCA